UCAUUUGAUUCAGUAUCACUCAUGCGUGUCAUAAAGUUUGUUUGUCCACCUCAUUGUAUGGUCUCAAGGGAAGGUCGGUCCGGAAGGUCUGUGUGGUGGAGCAAGGGGAGGAGAAACUCCUACUACUAGUACUACAGUACGAGGGAAUCUUUCUAAACUGACUGUGUAUUCUUGAAGUAAAGCACGUGUACUACACUAGCUAUUGUAUCAGCCAAGAAGAGAUCAGCCGAAAAGAGGUUGAAAAUGGGUUACGAUGUUGAGCGAUUUGUUGGAUCUAUCAACGAUGGACUUCUGUGCUGCAUCUGUCGAGAUGUUCUUGAGGAUCCUCUGCAAGCCCCCUGUGAGCAUGCUUACUGCACCUCCUGCAUCCAUGCCUGGCUUGUACAUGAUCAGAUCUGUCCAGAGGAUAGACAACCUCUAACACAAGAUCAACUUCAUCCGAUCUUUCGCUACAUGAGAAACGACUUAAACCAGCUGAGACUGCGCUGCCGAAACCGAGUGGCAGGCUGCUGUGAUGAGGUGAUGUUAGAGAAUUUAACGAGACAUGAGGCAGCCUGUGACUUUGGGAGAGUGACCUGCCCGAACGUGAACUGUGGCAUAGAACUUGAGAGACGAGUUCUAGACUCUCAUCUCCUGGUCUGUACGCACAGAACCAAAACAUGCCCACAGGGAUGUGGGUUGACAGUACUAAACUCUGAAGUGGACUCGCAUAACUGCGUGGCCGAGCUGCGCUUAGAGUUGGAGUUAUUGCGAUCUGAGAUGAUCGGGAAGAAUGAGGAUCAGAAGCAUGAGAUGAAACUGAGGCUUGACUCGCAGAGAACGCACAUGGUGCACAAAAUCAGUGAGAUGCAGCAACAGAUGGAUGAAUUAAAAAGUCAGAAUGAUCGCUUGUUUCAUGAUGUCCGACUGCUGAGUGCCUUGGAGAGGAAAAGGGGACAGGAUAUGGAGCGUCUAGAACUUGAGAAAAAAGAGCUACUAGAGGUUCUGAAAGCACUUAAGGAUGAACACGAACUAGCAAAGACCAACACCUGCCGCAUCACAGCUCUCUGAUUACACAUGUCUGGGGAGUAAUAGUAUCAGGGCUUGGCCUGUUCAGAACAAACCAGGGUUUUCCUAAGCACAAGCUAAUAAUAAUAAUAUUUGGUUUUUAUAAAGCGCUUUAUACACCAUUUCUCAAAGCGGUUCCAACAUAACCCUGAUCUCACUGGGCCAUUUCAUUCCUUAAACCACCUCGGCUCCCUGGGGAUCAGAGUAUAUCAUACAGCCUGUGCCGCCAAAUACGUAGCGCACUAAGCGAAACCAAUCGCAAGAACCAUCUCUGCCCUCACAGGUACCCAUUUACUCCCGGGCGGAGAGAAGCAAUUAUAGUAAAGUGUCUUGCUCAGGGACACAUGUGCCACGACCAAGAUUCGAACCCACACUCUGCUGAUCAAAAUGUAAACAUAUUAUUAGUUGAUAUUUAUGCAAAAAGCUUAAUGUAUUCACGACUCUUGUUUCAUGAGAUAAAAAAAAAAGUAUUCCGUCCUCUUUACAUGUACAUGUAUGUGUAACUAACAGCAUUUCCCUAAUAUUAUACGUGUACAUGUCAAUAAUGUAAAUACAUAAAACAUGCUAAACAAAAAUGACUGUUUCAAUAGCACUCUGCACUGUAAUGAUGUCCUAUUGCCCAAACUACCCGGCUUUGUCAGACAAUGUAGUCCUGUUUGUAAGCUAUUGUUCACAACACGCAAGUAAACAUAAAACUUGGAUGUACGUGCGCGUAGGUUAGUAAAAUUUGACAGCUUUGUCUGAGACCGGAGAACUUGGGGUUUUAUCUUUAAGAAUUGUGCAAAGUGCUGAUUGUUCUUUGUUAAAAUGAUUGAAACAUAUUGUACCCACCAUGCAAAACACUUGACCAAUGAUAGAUAAGUCUUCCUUUGACCAUAGCAAGGGUGCUGUUUCAGGGCUCAAAGUUUGCAAUGGACUGCAAGCUGGUAGCCAGGGACCAGUAAUUUUUUCUGGCCAAUAAACUUGUGAUUGGACAAGUGUGUCCAUUUAAACUUUAA